CUGCUGAACAUAUAGUUAUUGCAGUGUUAGCGCUCCAGCUUUAAUUACAGUAUUUAGUAAAAUAAUAUUAAACUUGACAUACUUAUCACAACAUUUUUUUCUCAUGAUGCUUUUGCAUUGACGCAGUUUUGCAGAAGGCUUCUUUUUUAAAUGUAUGAACAUGAGCUUCUUUGUGUCUUUACUGGCAGCUCGGUUUGUCAGAGUGCUACCUGUGGUCAGAAGUCAGAACUAUUUAGGUCAGUAAAGGCUAUCAAGUGUUUCUUGUUGUUGUUGGUUGAAUGCAGCAGGUGGUAUUUUGGUGUACCUAUUGUUGGGCACACAAGAGUGCACUUGAGUGUUAGUGUGUAUAAGGUGUAUGAGUGGGUGAAGAGCUGCGUCUGUUCAUAGCUCUUAUGAAACUCUGAGCUUCACUGGAAACUAAUGUUGUCAGAACGUUGUGGGAAAUAGAUUGCAUAUUUUAGUGCAGGUAAAAGAUUGGUAUGAAAAUAGAUUGUUUAGUGAUAUUUACUAUGGCUGCUCAGGGCAUGUUUUGAUAUAAGAAUAUGGAAACAUGCUACAGCUUCACCGUCAUCAUAGCAGUUUGUUUUGAAUACAUCCAUUUGAUCAGGACUGGUGCAUUUGAAUGGUGAAGGUUUAAAUGUUUAUCAAAUGUUUUGGGACGUUGGGGGAAACAGUUUUCAAAAGGUAAAGACCAGAAAACUUUCAAUGGUUUGUAAAUAUUUUUGACCUGAUGGUGGCGCUAGUCUGAGUUUGAGAGCCACUGUGAGAUUAUGAACAGAAAACAUUUUGUGCUUGGCCACUAAUUGCAUUUCCACAUAUAUAUAAACAGCAUUGUACGUCUACUUCAAGAUUGUUUCAUGUUGUUUUAGGUUAAAACUGAACAGGACCCAUUAUUAUUGCACCAACAUAUGCCGAUCAAGAGACGCUUUGUUGGGUUUGGCUCUUGUUCUUGCUGAUUGAACAUGUCCAAUCGUGAGAAAGUUACCAGAUGAUUUGUCUUAGCUGUGAAGGAAAUGGUGGCCUACCAGAACCCAAGGUUUCAAAAGAAAAAAAACAUCUAGAUGUUAACUGAGAAGAAAGCAUGCUGAUUUAAUGUGAAAGUAUGUAAACUGGUAAAUUAUUAAAAUAAAAAUACUUCUUGACAAAAUUAUUUUAGAAGAUUAUAUAUAAUAUAUAAAAUUAUAUAUUAAAUAUAAAAACUAUUAUCUACUUUGAAUGAACAGGAAUUAGGAGAGGGAUUCACAAUAAAGUUCAUCAGAACUAAGCGCUGCUUGGUCUAGUGGAGAUAAAACUGAUCACUAUAGAAACAGUCGAGAGAGAGAGAGAGAGAGAGAGAGAGAGAGAGAGAGGGGUGUGUGUGUGUGUGUGUGUGUGUGUGUGUGUGUGUGCGUGUGUGUGUGUGUAGAGUGUAGCGUAUACAGGCUACGCCUAGAUCCUUUUUCAGAACAGACUCUUAAAAAUGUGAACCUAAUGGAAUCUUCAUUUUGAUUAUUUAUUGCUUUUAAUUCUUCCUAUGGAUGUAUUUUUGUUAUUGAAAAUGUGAAGGAACUUGUGAACUACACCUGAGACCAGAGAAUGGAUACUGGAGAGUUUAAAUGUUUUUUCUCACGCAUGUCAUUCAUGAGUUUUUGAGAAGUUCAGAAAAAUGAUUCACAGCGCAUCUUUCUUUGGUCUGUUUUUCAUGCUGUUGAAUGGUACGUCAUAAACAUCUUUUGAAAUAAUAAUAAUAAAAGCCUGUCAUAUUUCUAUUUUAUUUGUUUAUUUGUGAAUGGUCACUUACUAACUGGUUAUUAGUUUGUUAAUUAGUUAAAGUCCCUUUCCAUGGUGAUAUUUAUUUAGUGCAAUUUUGUGCUAGUUGAUCUUCCUCAUAAAUAUAUUUGAUUUUGAAUGUUUUUUUAUUUAUCCUACUUAAAAAAAGCUUGUUUGUGUUUUUCUUCAGGUGUGUUUGGAGUUGAGGCAGAUGAAGUGAAGUCAGUGUCAGUGAUGGAGGGAGAUUCUGUCACUCUAAACACUGAUGUUACUGAAGUUCAGAGAGAUGAUCAGAUAGUGUGGAUGUUUGGACCUCAAGAUGCACGUAUAGCUGAAAUAUAUAACCAGAACAUCAAAUUAUUUAAUAUUGAGAGUUUCAGAGACAGACUCCAGAUGGAGAAUCAAACUGGAUCUCUGACCAUCAGAAACAUCAGAUCUGAACACACUGGACUUUAUAAACUACAGAUCUUCAUCAGCAACAUCAGAAGAACUACAUAUCCGAGAUUCAAUGUUACUGUCUACGCUCCUCUCCCUGUUCCUGUCAUCACCAGAGACUCUUCAGACUGUUCAUCAUCAUCAUCAUCAUCAAAUUGUUCAUUGGUGUGUACAGUGAUGGAUUUGAGUCAUGUGACUCUCUCCUGGUACAAAGGAAACAGUUUAUUGUCCAGCAUCAGUGUGUCUGAUCUCAGCAUCAGUCUCUCUCUACCUCUGGAGGUGGAAUAUCAGGAUAAAAACACCUACAGCUGUGUGCUGAACAAUCCCAUCAGAAACCAGACUCAACAUCUGGACAUCACUCAACUCUGUCAGACUCACACAUGUGCAGGCCAACAUUCAAGUUUCAUGAUGGCAGUAGCUUUUAUAGCGCUGCUGGUGGUAAUAGCUGUAAUUGCAGGUUUGAUAUACAGAAGAAACUGUAAACAACCAGGAAACAAAGAUCUGAAAAUCACAGAGUCUGAAUACACACAGAUCAUCUACUGUCUUCAGAUGAGAGAUCUGCCACAGAAAUCAUUGCUGGAUGUGGGCAGAACAGAGACAGCUGUGAACUAUCAACACAUUCAGUGAAGACUAAUAUUGUGUAUCAAAAUAAUUUUCUAUCUGUUGCCUGAAAACUCAUCAGACCAGGCAACAUUUUUCCAAUCUUCUAUUGUCCAGUGUUGGUGAGUUUGUGUAAAUUGUAGCCUCAUUUUCCUGUCUUUAGCUGACAGGAGUGACACCGGUGCUUCUGCUGCUGUAGAUCAUCUGCUUCAAGGUUGGAUGUGUUGUGCGUUCAGAGAUGCUCUUCUGCAGACCUCACUUGUAACAAGUGUUUAUUUGAGUUGGUUGUGAUUCCUCUAGAGUGUGAUGUUGAAGUCGAUGGUGAAGCUGGAGGUUCAUUGCUGAAAUUUCACUUUGUUUAAACUCUCAGUUUGAAAUUGUCAGGCAGCAUGAGUAAAUCUAUCUGCAAUAUACUUAUAUACAUGCAAUAACAUAUCUGUUCACUUAUACAUUUAUAUAUUAUAAAGUAUAUUACUCAAUAUAAAAUUACAUGCAUUAUGAUAUAUUAGUAAAUAUACUGUCACAUAUUUUACAAUAUAUGAAAAGUGGCAAUUCCUGAUGUAUUAUUCAAUAUAUUGUAAUUCUACAGUUGAUUAGAUAUGCAAUGUUGAGAAAACACUUGUUAAAAGUGAAAUGAUUUCUGUAUAUGAAUGGUGAAGUUAACAGAUAACUUUCUUCAAGUGUUAAAUAGACUCUGAAUGUUUGGCGCCCAUUUUAAUCUCACCACUAACGGCCGUUGUCUGUGGUUAGUUGUUCAGUUUGUCAGACAGGACAUGUUUGUGCAGCUAAUGCUCAAAUUAUUCCUCUGUAAUUUACAUUUUAGCUCUGAGCUCAGCAGAAAUCUGUACUGAACUCUUCAUGUGUUAAUAUCAGUGUUACAAACAAAACAAAACUCUAGGAAGAAUCUUUUAAUUUUAACUUAAUGCUUCAGUCCAAAUAUGCAAGUAUGUCAUAUGUUUUAAAGGAAGAUGUUGAUCAUGGACUAAUAUACAGAAAUUAUUUGACUAACGAAUAACUCAAAAUAGUCUGAUUAUUUGCUUGUGUGUGUGUAAAACUCAUGACACUAGAGGGAGCCAACAUCUCAGCUUGUCAACAUUUGGAGCCACAUGUGCAAUGGCUCGUCCAGCCUGAAAUAUACGUUUUUUAAUGCUGAGCAUAAGAAACAAAAUUUAUGGGGUAGUUCAUGUCAGAUUUUGUUGCUGAAAUGUUAUGUAUGGCAAACAGUUUUUAAGAUUUCUGAAUUUCCCUAUUCAAAUACAUAGGACUUCUACUCUGUCUACUCAGACAGAGGCAUUGCAAAUAUGGCCGAUCAGUGAACUGACUUUCCCCACAAGGGACUUCAAAUGUGGAUUUCUAAAAAGGUUAAAAUGAUAUUUAACAAUUCAAAUUGAGGUCUUGUUUCUUAAAGUUCUUUGAUGCAAUGUUAUUUUAGGCCUACAUUAUUUUAGGAUAAAACUGGAUUAAAGAUCCAAAAUAACAAAUACACUAUUGUUUCCCAAACAACAACAUGUGGCCCAGAUCCAGCUAAUGUCUGGUACAUGUGGAUUACACACGGACCAGGGGUCUCAUUUAUAAAACCGUGCGUAGGAUCCCUACUAAAAUUGUA